CAAAGAAGUCAGUUUAGCCAGAGCCAGUCAGUCACACAGCCAUCGUCAUCCAUCUAUCGUGCCCCAGAAUGUAGGCAAGUGGGCUCCCUGAAGGACACAUUCAUUGGUAGCAGCUUGUGUGGAUGAAAAUCCUUCUUUUUUCAUUCAAAUUUAUCAUUCGACUAAAGCUGAUGUCUGCUGCUGCUACUGCUUUUUAGCUAGUGUUUUCUUCUGGGGAAGGUGAAUUUGGAAAAGUGAUUUUCGAGCAAAUAGAGCUAAAAGUGAAUCUGGAAAAGUGGAUUUAAUCGGUUUCUUCUGCAGAUUAAUUCGACACCCCCAAUCGAGAAGCAAUAUAACGAAGGAACAAACCGAGCGGCACAUAAUAGCAAUUUAGAGGAAUAUGGUGAAAAGUUGCUCAUCUAAAUGGGUGGAUGGCGGAUACGGAAUAUGAUAAACGAGCCAGUCAUCAAAGGUCUUCCAGUGUAGCUUUUGGUACACCAGUAAUACAAAAAUAAAAUACAGCAUCUAAAAGCGAUAUUUUGCCAAUGCUUAUUCGAGAAUAAGUAGCUUUUGUAUGAGAAACAUUUGCUUGAUAUUGUUCGACUUAAUUCCAAACAUUAAUCGCACCGUCUGUCUUUGGUUAUUGAUCGUUUGUGUCAUCGAGUGAUAUUUUGUAUAGUCGAAAAAACUAGAAGUGCAAUUUGUGUGAAAAGUGUUUAGAAAUAAGGGCACGAUAUCUUAUUUUUCGCAAGAAAAAACGCGGGUGAGAAAGUGAAAAGUUUCAUUCUCAUCCAGAAUCACACACAGACAACAAUCAAGUGUCAUCAAUGGAGAAAAGCAAACAACAGCCAUCGACGACGGGGAACAAAAAGAUGGCAAAACACCAGCAAAAACAAUCACAGGUCCUGAACCGUAAAGUUCGGAACCCGCUGAGGUCACUGGGGCUUUUGGCACUGCUUGGAAUACUUCUGGAAGCUCCAUCGAUGGUGGCGGCCCGUGCCAAGUACAGUAAUUACGAGACGCGCUACAUUAACGAUUUCAUCAAUUUCACCCGACCGGCGGCGGACAUCGUGGAGCCGCUCUACUACGACUAUGACACCGGUAGCGGCGGGGGCGGCAGCAGCAGCGGCGGAUCCUCUACGGGUGCGGGUGGUGGUGCCGGAGCUCCAUCGCGGAGUGCCUACAACCAGGAGUACGAGAUGGGUGGGCUGGCGGGCAUCGGGAUCCCGGACGCGCGAUAUGAAAGCCCCCUAGCCAGCACACUGUUGGAGGAUGAAAUCACGCGCCCACCGGACAUUUAUCCCGACCCAGAUCAGAUUUACGCCACGUUUUUGAAUAAAAGCACCAUGAAGCGGAAUCGUUUCCCGGGGGAUGAAAAUAUCAUUAAAGUUUAUUCUUCCAAGUCACUGCGCAAGAGUCCUCAAGCACGUGUCGACGAUGAUGGAUCGUUCGAUAGCAUCAAUAACGACAUGAAGGGCCAUGAUUUCAUCGAUAACAUAAUGUACAUCUAUUACGGGACAAAUGGAACGCUGCGGAAGGACCUUGGCGGGAACGUCAUUGUGAUAGGCGCCGUUUUUGCACUAGCUCCGCAAAUAUUGACAGCAAUAAUACUUUUCCUUAAGAACCGUCGUCUUCGACACUUUAACACGUUCUAUCCCAUUUGUUUGAAUUUACUUCUGGUACUGAUUAUCUCCAAUCUAUCGUUUGUGCUCGGAGUUCAGGCCACGCGAAAUUCCGUCAAGUGUGAGCUAAUUGCUAUCCUGUUGCAUUAUCUUCAUCUGAGCACCAGUAUUUGGUGCUUCAUUUACAUUUACGUGAUUUACGAUUUAAUCGUCAACGAAUGUGGUCCCAAGUUGAAAUACAACUAUCUGAUGGGCUACGGAGUUCCUGCCGUUUAUGUUUUGUUCUCCUACGCCUCGUCGAUUGACACCUUCGAGGUGCACCGCUACUGCUGGAUGUCGAUACAAAAGGGCAUGAUUGUGAGCUUUAUGAUACCGGUAUCGUUCCUGAUCAUUCUUACCACGGUGCUGGGGACGAUCAGCCUCAAACGGAUCUCCAGCAAACAAACCGAGAUCCUGUGCGAGAGCAUCGAGAGCAUGAUCGAGACGGCUUCGAAGUGCAACGACAUCAUCUAUCCCAGAUUUCCCUCAAGCGGAACAAAUUUCGCCAAUCGAAGCAACAGUUACCCACAGCUGGAACUCAAAGACAAAUGCUGCCAGGAGUAUGCCAAUCUUUCGCUUGAGAACCACCGAUCUAUUGUAACGCUUCCGCAGCAAACCACCGGGCAGCAGCAGCCGAUUGGAUUGAAUUCGUUCCACAGUAUGAAGAAAUCUCUGGAAUGUUACGACACCCGCUUGGAUCUGGGACAACUUUCAUUGGCCGAGCUAUCGACGCCCAGUCUGGCGUCCGAUAUCCAGGAUUUCACGGACUUUAAACGGGCCAUCAAGUUCGGAUUGUUUUUCCAGCCCAUCUAUUCGAUCUGUUGGUUCCUGAGUGUGAUUGCGCUGGAAAAUGUGCACUCCUGUGUGAUGCCAGUUAUCUUCGCGAUCUGCUUGAAUAUUUUGAAUUGGUGCAUGCUGGUCCGCUCGUCCAAUAUUUGCCCCUUCGUCAGUGCUGCCACGGAGAAAACGCUGGACAAAAACCUGGCCGGCGGGGAUUGUGGAGCCGAUUCUCUCAACGGUGGCAACGGAGGCCACGGAACGGACAAUGAAACCACUCAGGCCAGCAUCUGCACCGACACCAUACCGCUGCUGUGUGCUUCCAAUCCAUCGAUCAUCAACAGCACUGGCGGUAGCACCGGGGUGGAUCUGCUGAUGACGAAUCCGCCGAUGGCCCCGAUUCCGAUUAUGACGGCUAUGGCCAUCGGCCGGAAGCUAUCCACCGGUUCCGAUCAGCAGGACCAGCAGACGCUCAAUUUUAUCAGCAGCAAUAAUCUGAAGAACACUUGGGAAUCCAGUGUGGAUAUCGGGCAAUAUCAGCACGUUAAGGCCAUCGAUUGCAUCAGCACAAUCAGCAACUGAAUUUUAUUCGCGUAAUGACCGGUUGAUCAAAAUGCAUAUCAGGUUCAUUAGAUGAAGGGUGCAUUUUUCCACACCGAAAAGCUGGAGUUUUGAUUUGUGAUACACAAUUUGACCGCUUAUUGAAGCAAACAAAAUAUAAAUAAAUAUAAAACCUACAUGUAAAUAUUGCAUACGCAUGAUUAAUCCCAUUUUUAAACACAAGUUUACAAUCCAGUAGUAGAUAUGUGAAGCCAUUAAUAUAACUUCAAGAGAAAUGAUAACGUAGCGAUUCCAUCGAAUAUUGUCCAAACGUUAAAUUCCCGUGGUGUAAAAGCGAAGCAUUAUAAAUAUCUCCCAUCAAUAUCAAAAACAUGAAUCGCUUAUUCUAAACCAAAAACAAAAAUGAGGACAUUUCAGUAAUACAACUUGGUAUUGAAAGCACUUGCAAGGUUUUGCAACCGUAAAAAAUAAAUAAAGAAAAAUAUGUGAUGCUAUUUCAGAAGAUAAACUUAGAAAUUUACCUUUAAAAAAAACAAUAUCAAUCAUAGCGGGUAGCGUUCGAGUCAUAAGGAAAAAAGUAUUGGUGAAACAUAUUUUACUACUAUACAUUACAACAAAUAUAGAGAACAUAAGACAACUUCAAUAAAUAAUAGUACAAACAGACCUUCAUGUUAUUACAAUGGCAAUGUAGUCGACCGCUGAACCGCUGUUAAUGUUUUAGGUUAUCAUCAUUUGACAUCAGCAUUUAUCCAGUUCGAUAGCAAUAACAGCAAUAUCCGUUACCCUUGUUGAUAGCUCUCAAAGGAUACUAUCUUUUGCUAUUCCCUAUCUUUGCUCGCUAACCGCCUUUUUAGAACGUUCCUAGUCAAAUCAUAUUAGAUAGACAACGCUGAUGGUGUAAGCAGCUCACUCAUUUCAAACCCUUUUGCUCUUCUUCUUAUAAAACUUAGCAAAAACAGAGAAAACGAUUGCCAAAUUAGCCAACAUUCUGUAGGAAAAACAAAACCAAAAGUUAGCUCACACGCGCACCCUUAGGACUUCAACACACCCUCCGGAAUAUCCUCGUCUCAAAAAGUAGGUGUUGAAGUUGCAACAAUUUAACUAACUCACUCACUGUUGAAAGAUUCCAACUUAUGUAAUAGCUCUUUACAAGUUUUCUCUCCGAUCACCAAAACUCUACCAUAUUCCUAACUACCUACCUACCCACACAAAAUGCUCUAUAUUACUUAUAACGGUAAUGUUUUACUUCCGCGCCGCGACGCUCUGGCCGAUGGAGGGCCGCCGCACUAUAACCUAAAUAAAUGACUCAAAAACU